GAUGUCUACAAGGUAAUAGUCCCCAAUCCCCAUUAGUAUUUUCAAGUUUCCUCCAAUAUCUCUUCAAAUUAAUAGUCUGCAUUAAUUCAUUCAGGUCCUUUUUAGAAUACUUUCCUUUUCUUUUUGCCCUCUCUCCCUCUACUCUAUAGAUCUGAACUCUUGAUCAGUCUCAUCUCGCUCUCAUGUCAUCUACAACGACUCUUUAACUGAGAAAACCCCAAGUGAUUUCCCUGAUGAACGCGUGUUCUUCUUUUCCACCACACAUUCUUAUCUUUUGGUUCCUUGUCGUGCAUCGUGAUGAUCAUCCAUGGAGGCACUCCUACCUUUUCUCUUCUCUAUAAAUAGGUGCUUUGUUGUGCCAGCUUCAGGAUGGAGCGACUCAUCCUUUCAAGUUUCAAGUGCUGCUCCCUUCUCUCCUCCACUCAAGAUGGACGUAGAUCCACCAUUUGAAGAGCACUACAAGAGCCUCUUCGAGAAGUCCAUUGGCAAAACAAGAAUCAACGAUAUUUUUGAAGAACUCGAGCUCCCUUUGAUCGACCUGAGCCGUCUGAAUGACGCCAAACCAGGCAGAGAAAAGUGCGAAAGAGAAAUCGCUGAAGCUGCAGAGAAGUGGGGUUUCUUUCAGGCUGUGAAUCACGGGAUACCUCGUGAGAUUUUGGAAAAGCUGCACCGUGAGCAGCUGAAACUGUUCGAACAGCCGUUUGCCAAGAAGGCUGGCGGAAAGCUCUUCAACUUUUCUGUGGACAGUUAUCGUUGGGGGGCACCUUCAGCAACCUGUCUUCGGCAAUUCUCGUGGUCAGAAGCCUUCCAUAUUCCUCUGACCGAUAUUCCGGAUUCGGGUGAAUUCAACAGUCUCAGUUCAACCAUUAAAGAAUACGAGGCAACAGUUUCAGCAUUGGCGCAAAGUAUAGCAGCAACUCUAGCAGAGAAUUUGGGUGUUGAAUCCAAUUUCUUUGUGGAAAAUUGCUUGCGUAGCACUUGUUAUCUUCGCUUGAACAGAUAUCCUCCAUGCCCGAUCUCUGCUGAGAUCUUUGGGUUGAUUCCACAUACGGACAGUGACUUCCUCACAAUUUUGUAUCAAGAUCAAAUUGGAGGACUGCAGCUACUGAAAGAUGGGAGAUGGAUCACUGUAAAACCCAAUCCGGAAGCUCUAAUUAUUAAUAUUGGUGACUUAUUUGAGGCGUGGAGUAAUGGUCUUUAUAAGAGUGUCCAGCACCGAGUCAUGGCGAACAGACAAGUGGAACGAUUCUCUGUAGCGUAUUUCUUCUGUCCAUCCUACGAUUCCGUGAUAAAAAGUUGCAGAGAGCCUUCAGUUUACAGAAAGUUUAGCUUUAGAGAAUAUCGACAGCAGGUUCAAGAGGACGUCCGGACAGUAGGAUACAAGAUCGGGCUUUCCAGGUUUCUCCUUCGAAGCUAGUGCACUUCAACAAGAGCGGAAAUGGAAUAAGCAUUGUCAAUGGACGAAAAGUGUAUACAGUUGAUGGAUCAGACGACAUUCUGGGAAUGUUUGGAUUCGGGGUUUUCUUUAUUUCCUUCAUGCUUAUUGAUUAAUUUGAGUUC